CGGCGAGUUGAUUCAAUUUUAUCAUUCACCAAAUAUAGAAUAGGUAUGUCCUUAUUAAUCAAAUCUAUUUUAUCCGGAUAGCAACGACAAACAAAAACCAUGUCAACAACACUUGACACUACUGUACUGUCAUGACUCAAUUCACUAGAAUUACCAAAUUGUCCUCCCUCCACCUCUAACUAUUAAACACUCUUUUAGUGUCCAUUCGUCUCUACCACCAACCACCAUGGAGGGUGGAAACAGAGCCGAAGCUGAACGCUGGCUUUACACUGCUAACAAACUACUUAGCGCACGUGACUUGCAUGGUGCACGCUCCUUCGCUAUCCGUGCUCGUGAAUCCGACCCUACCUUCGACGCCUCUGAGCUUCUCCUUGCUGUCACCGACACUCUCCUCGCCGGAGAAGCAAGGAUUACCGACCACCACCGUGACUGGUACGGAAUACUCCAAAGCAUUCGCUACACUACCAACAUCGAACAUAUCGCUAAUCAGUACCGCCGUCUAGCUUUUCUCCUUGACCCAAAUUGGAACCCCUUCGCCUACUCCGGCCACGCCUUUUCACUUAUUCAUGAUGCUUGGUCCGUUCUAUCCAACUCUGCCAAGAAGGCCAUGUACGAUAGCGACCUACGGUUGCUCACUUCCCCGCCGGCGCCGGCGCUUCUUCCGCCACCGCCAUUGUUGGCUCAUCCUCAGCCUAUUCCUCUACCGGCGCCACAGCAUCCUCCUCUUCCGCCAUUGGUGGCUCAACAUCUACAGUAUCCUCCUCCUAACCCAACGCCGAGGAAAAACCCAAGACAGAAAGACGGCGCGACAGAGGCGACUCGGCAAAAUCAAAACCCUAGCGAGCCAGCCGAGUCGACUCAGCAGACACCAACGGCGAGUGCUACUGAAACGGAAGGUAACGUUAGCUUCUGGACUUUAUGCCCUUACUGUUACGUUUAUUAUGAGUAUCCGAAGAGGUACGAAGAGUGUGCCCUGCGGUGCCAGAGUUGUCGGAGGGCGUUUCAUGCAGUGGUGGUACGUUCACCGCCGUUGAACGAGAUAGAUUCUUCGUUUUGUACUUGGGGAUUUUUCCCGUUAGGGUUUUCAGGCGAUUCGAAAGAUGUGAACGGGACUUCUUCAAAUUGGAACCCGAUAUGCCCUCUAUUUCCAUGCGCUUCGAAAUCCAAUAAGAAAAAGAGUUGGGUUUACUAUGAUGAAGAGGCUGCUGCGGCGUUUAUCGAUAUCUCUGAUCCCAGUGAUGAUGAUUCCGAUGAUUCUGAUUGGAGGGGUGAUAGUGGUGUGAUGAGAGGGGUGAAGAGGUCAAGGGCUAAUGGUAGAAGGGUAGGUGGAGAGAGACCUAGGAGAAGUGCUACUGCUGCGGCAGGGAAUGGUAAUGGGAAUGGGAAUGGGAAUGGGAAUGGGAAUGAGAAUGAGAACAAUGUUGGGGCUGUUGAUGCUGCUGGUGGUGUAGAGCCCGAUUCUACUAAGAAACUUGUGCCCGUUAAUUCGAGGAGGAAGGGUGAUGGGAACUUGGGGAAGUUGGAUUUGAAUGUGGAGUUCAGUAAUGAGGCGGAGGAGCCUUUCCGGGGAGUGCGUGACCAUGAAGGGAAUGUGACCGGCAAUGCUGAGGAUAAUAUUGAAGGGAUUGGGUUUUUUGAGGGUCUUGAUGAGUUCCUCAGUAGCUUACCCAUUCUCAAUGUGGUAGGAGAUGAUAAGGUUAAAAGUCAUGAUUACAUGAACAUGAUGAGCCUUGAAGCUCGCCAUCUUUUGCAAACAACAACACAACCAAAUUUGCCUAACAUUCCCACUUUGCCAAAUCCCACAACAACAUUGCCACCUUUGCCUUCAAUUCCAACAUUGCCUCAAGCAAAUCUUCCUCCAUUGCCUACCAUUCCAUCUCUGCCUAAAGUCACUUUGCCGCCACUUCCAAGCUUUCCUACCAAUAUUCCAACACUUCCAUCUCUCAACAUUCCACCAUUUAAAAUUCCACCACUAUCAAGAGUCCUUUAUCGUCCAUUCAUCAGCACUGAAAUAACAACCACCACCACCAUUACUAUGGAAGGUGGGAAUAGAGCCGAAGCUGAGCGGUGGCUUUACACCGCCAACAAGCUUCUAAGCGCACGUGACCUGCACGGUGCUCGCUCCUUCGCAAUCCGUGCCCGCGAAUCUGACCCUACUUUCGACGCCUCCGAGCUUCUCCUUGCUGUCAUCGACACUCUCCUUGCCGGUGAAUCGCGGAUCAACGACCACCACCGCGAUUGGUACGGAAUCCUCCAAAUCCUCCGUUACACCACCAACAUCGAUCACAUCGCUAAUCAAUACCGUCGUCUCGCACUCCUUCUUGACCCUAACCGGAACCCCUUCGCCUUCUCCGGCCAUGCCUUUUCUCUUGUCCAUGAUGCUUGGUCUGUUCUCUCCAACACUGCCAAGAAGGCUUUGUACGAUAGCGACUUACGAUUGCUCACUUCCCCGCCGGCUCCUCCGCAGCAUCAGCCUCCGCCACAACCUGUGCCUCAGCAUCAGCAGUAUCCGCCUCCUAACCUGACGCCGAAGAAAAACCCGAGAUCUAAAGACGCCGCGACAGAGCCGACUAGGCAGAAUCGAAACCCUAACGAAUCCACUGAGUCGACUCGGCAGACUCGGACAGCGAGUGCUGCUGAAACGGAAGGUAGCAUUAGCUUCUGGACCUUGUGUCCUUACUGUUACGUUUAUUAUGAGUAUCCGAAGGGUUACGAAGAGUGUGCCCUGCGGUGCCAGAGUUGUCGGAGGGGGUUUCAUGCGGUGGUGAUACGUUCACCACCUUUGAACGAGAUUGAUUCUUCGUUUUGUACAUGGGGUUUUUUCCCUUUAGGGUUUUCAGGGGAUUUGAAAGAUGUUAAUGGGGCUUCUUCUAAUUGGAACCCGUUAUGCCCUCUAUUUCCAUUCCCUUCGAAAUCGUCCAAUAAGAAAAAGAGUUGGGUUUACUACGAUGAAGAGGCUGCUGCGGCGUUUAUCGAUAUUUCUGAUCCUAGUGAUGAUGAUUCUGAUGAUGGGGAUUGGAGGCAUGGUAGUGGUAGUGGUAAGAAUAAAGGGGUCAAGAGGUCAAGAGUUAGUGGUAAAAAGUAUAGGAAAGAUUCUGCUAAUGCUAGUGGUAGUGCUAGGAGGGAAGCUGGGGAGAGACCUAGGAGGAAUGCUACUGGUGCUGCAGGGAAUGGGAAUGGGAAUGAGAAUGAGAACAGUGUUGGGGCUGUUGAUGCUGCUGCUAGUGGUGUAAAGCUAGAUUCUAGUAAGAAAGCUGUACCGGGUAGUUCAAGAAGGAGGGGUGCUGGAAACUUGGGGAAGUUGGAUUUGAAUGUGGAGUUCAGUAAUGAGGUGGAGGAGCCUUCCCGUGGAGUGCGUGCCCGUGAAGGGAAUGCAACUGGCAAUGCUGAGGAUAAUAUUGAAGGGAUUGGGUUUUUUGAGGGUCUUGAUGAGUUCCUCAGUAGCUUACCCAUUCUCAAUGUUGUGGGAGAUGAUAAGGUUAAAGGUCAAUAGUCAUUUUGCAUUCUAGAUUCCUUUUUUCUAAUUUUUGUAGACUAUAGAUGUCAUUACUUGUAUGUUUGCAAUUGUUGCAUAAAAUGGUGCUGAGUUGUUGUGAAAUUCUUGUUGUUGUUAGAUUUUAUAAUAAGUUGUGGCAGCAUCUCAAUACAUUAUAGUUUUUGAAGUAUUUGAAGAGGACGACUUCAUAUCAUGUAGAUUAUUGUUGUACCAUUGAGGAAGGAUA